AUGAGUUCCGUCCACAUUGCAGUUGUCGGCCUUGGCCGGAUGGGCAAGCGUCAUGUACAUACCUUGCUUUACCGUGUUCCGCGAGCCAAGGUCGUGGCAGUCUGCAGUACUGAUGCUAGCGAGAUUGAAUGGGCCACAAGCAACCAGGAGUACAACGAGUUUGGCAUCACCGUCUAUGACAACUACGACAAUAUGCUGGCUCAUCCUGGACUUCAGGCAGUUUGGAUUUCGAGCAGCACUGACGUCCAUGCAAGCCAAUCUCUGGCAGCUAUCGACAAGGACCUGCAUGUCCUUUGCGAAAAGCCACUGAGUACCGACUUGGCCGAGGCCCAAUCAGUGGUUGAUGCAGCGAGAGCCAAGCCUUCACUCAAAGUGAUGGCCGGUUUCUCGCGCAGGUUCGAUGCCUCCUACCGGGACGCGAGCCAGAAGAUCUUCGAUCAAAAGGCCAUUGGAUCACCGUUUUUGGUGCGGUCGAACACCUGCGAUCUGAAGGAUGAGACGGGCUUCUUUGUCCGAUACGCGUCCCGCAAUGGUGGUAUCUUUGUCGACUGUGCCAUUCACGAUAUUGACUUGUCGCUCUGGUUCUUGGAUAACCCGACGCCCAAAGCUUGCUGGGCAGCUGGAACGCUGCAGCAUCACCCAGAGCUGAAGGACCUGGCGGAUGUGGACAACGCAGUCGGUGUUGUCGAGUUCUGGGGCGGGAAGAUUGCAUACUUCUACUGCUCACGGACUCAGGCACAUGGACACGAUGUCUGCACCGAGAUCACCGGAACCGAGGGUAAGGUAAUGGUCAACGUUAUUCCCCGACAGAACAACAUUGUCCUUGCCGAUAAACUGGGUAUGCGACACGAGGUGCAGCCGGAAUACUGGGAGAGAUUCGAGAAUGCAUUUGCCGUCGAAGCCAACGAAUUUGUGACUGCGGUACUGAAGGACACCGAGGUUCCGCUGCCGCUAGAGCGAGGAAUUAUGGUGAUGAAGAUCGGACAAGCUUUGCAACGUGCUCUGCUGUCUGGGGAAGUGGUGCGCUUUAACGAGAUUGGCGAGCGGCUGAACUGCAAUGAUUCACAUUAG